ACGUCUCUUGCACGGCUCGUGUGCCGCCGCGACACCAACUACCCGACGCAUUGACGGUAUCGUAACAAAGCGCGAAAUCACAAACACUAGCGAUCGCGCGAGUACUGCGGGCGCUGGUCGCCACCGUCUUUUAACUAUCGUACAGAACAAAAUGUGCUGGAUUUAUGUGCCUCUUGCUAUAGUGUUUGAACAGGUGCAGAACAGCAGCGUGAGCGGCAGAUAGUGUUGCGGUUAGCCCGCUAGUGAACUCAGUGACUGUGUGAACGUUGUCGCGCUUAGCGCCGUUUAGGAAUUAGUAGAAGCCGCUCUGUGCGGCCGAGCAUGACGAUGGAUCAGCAAACAGGCCUCAUGUCCCUCAACAUGUCCCCGUUCGAUCUGAGUCCGGGCCCCGACGGCUCGGGUUCAGGCAGCGGUCCUUCUUCAGGCUCGCAGCAGUACGUGCCGCAGGGCGCCGCCUAUCAAUGUACAUCAGACUCUCAACCGUUCGCCUACGCCAAUCUGGAUGCUUCAUAUCUAUUUCCAACAGGUACUGGUGCGGAAGCCGGCGCGUACUUACCCGCAACAGGGACCGUCUGCGAUCAAACCGACACAAAAGAUGUUAUAGAAGAAUUAUGUCCGGUAUGUGGUGACAAAGUUAGUGGAUACCAUUACGGGCUGCUCACGUGCGAGUCUUGCAAAGGAUUCUUCAAGAGGACGGUACAGAACAAGAAGGUGUACACAUGCGUCGCAGAGCGAGCCUGUCACAUCGACAAAACACAAAGAAAACGAUGUCCCUUCUGCCGGUUCCAAAAAUGUCUGGAUGUCGGCAUGAAGCUAGAAGCCGUGAGAGCAGAUCGAAUGCGCGGAGGACGCAAUAAGUUCGGUCCAAUGUACAAACGUGACCGAGCUCGUAAACUACAAAUGAUGAGACAGCGGCAGAUCGCAGUGCAAACUCUCCGGGGCUCGCUGGGCGACAGUGGGCUGGUACUCGGGUUCAGCUCACCAUAUGCCGCAGUGCCAGUCAAGCAAGAGAUUCAGAUCCCCCAGGUGUCGUCGCUGACGUCAUCGCCGGAGUCAUCGCCAGGGCCCGCGAUGCUCGCAGCCCAGCCGCAGCCACCCCAGCCGCCGCCACCACCUUCUCAUGACAAAUGGGAGACCCACUCGCCGCACUCUGCUUCUCCAGACGCCUUCGCCUUUGACACUUCUGCCAACAAUGCAGCCACACCAUCCAGCACGGCCGAGGCGACAAGCACGGAAACCCUGCGAGUCUCGCCCAUGAUAAGGGAAUUCGUCCAAACCAUCGACGACAGAGAGUGGCAGAACUCUCUUUUCGGACUCUUACAGAGCCAGACAUACAAUCAGUGCGAAGUUGAUCUCUUCGAAUUAAUGUGCAAAGUCUUGGAUCAAAAUCUGUUCUCACAAGUGGACUGGGCGAGAAACACCGUGUUCUUUAAGUAUUUAAAGGUUGAUGAUCAGAUGAAGUUACUGCAACACUCGUGGUCCGACAUGCUGGUCUUAGACCACCUUCACCAGAGGAUGCACAACGGACUUCCGGACGAGACCACCCUCCACAACGGGCAGAAGUUCGAUCUUCUCUGCCUUGGCCUACUGGGAGUGCCCGCACUCGCCGAACACUUCAACGAGCUGCAGAACAAGCUUGCCGAACUAAAGUUCGACGUACCUGACUACAUUUGCGUCAAAUUCUUGCUGCUUCUCAACCCUGAGGUGAGGGGCAUAGUGAACGUGAAAUGCGUGAGAGAUGGUUACCAGACCGUCCAAGCAGCUUUGCUGGACUACACUCUUACCUGCUACCCAACGAUACAGGAUAAGUUUGGUAAAUUAGUGAUGGUUGUACCUGAGAUACACGCGUUGGCAGCUAGAGGUGAAGAACACUUGUACCAGAGACACUGCGCUGGCCAAGCACCCACCCAGACACUUCUGAUGGAAAUGUUGCACGCCAAACGCAAGCCAAGUGGAGGCGAAAUGGUAAACCGGAAUGCUGAGCACAACACAUCAACUCUAGACCGAUUGUGCGGUUUCCUGCCAAAUGACACGUUUGAGCCGCAUUCGCCUCUCUAAUCCUGAAACACCAGUGCAGAGGAGGGGGGAGUCACCGUAAAUGUGAACAGCGCCUCUCCUCUUGAAUCUUCAGAUGAUUCUUCUAUAUAUUGUGACGUAUUGUAUAGAAUUAGUUUUUAACUUGGUGUGUGAUUAAACAUAAUAAGUUAUUGUGCCGAUAUCUGCGCACGCCUAGUCUCAAUACAGAUAAAACAACAUAUUUAUCUGCCUAAUAUCUGUAAAAUAAACAAGAAUAAUGACAUAUUUUGAGUUGCUGUGGUUUAUUUAUUAUGCAGUCUUAUAAUGUUUUAUCAAAAUUAUAAUAGUUCCGUUUUAAUUUAGCUUGUCUUAAUUCCGGUGCGUAGUGAAAGGAGAUAUACAUAUUUUAGGAAAGCGUCUGUGAUUUUAAACGAAGAAAAUUUGAACCGUUAAUGUUAAUUGUGUGUUGUAUAAUGUUAGGUUUAUCGCUUUAUCUUAAAUGUGGGUGGGCCCUUGAGGUCUGCCGACAGUUACACGUUACUUAUUAACUAUACAUAUAGAUAGAUAGAGAUACACGUUUAAAUGUUAAUAUAAGAUUAAACAGUAACAUAAUCGAAGGAUAGAAAGAAUUAUGUGGUGUAUGUAAGGAUUGUUAAUGAUGAUGUGUUUAAAAUAGUUAUUUGGCUGAAUAUAUUUCAGAUUUUAUUAAGAGUUGAUAUUUUAAAAAUCUCUGUGUAAUUAAUCACAUAUUUUAUGGAUAAGAUUUUAAUUGCAAAUCAUGUUUAAAAUUUUAUAUCUUGUUCACAUUCGAAAGAAUGAAACUUUUAAAAAUCUAAAUGUUGUUUAAAUUUGAAUAUAGAUGGUAUCCACCGUACCAGUACAAAUAUAUAAAUGUAUAAUGAUAUGAUAUAAUAACUGUCUUUGUAAAUAUUGUAAUCGCAGACAACAAUGUCUAUGCAUGCUACUUAUAUUGUAAUUAUGUAAAAAUUUCAACAUACGUGCAAGACGCCUUAAAAAUCAUAGAUUUUUAAAAAGAAAUGGGUACUAGUGUCACAUGUUGAGGAGACAAUGUAUUUUUGUAAAGCAUAUUGUUCUUUAUUAACAUAUAUAAUAUGUUAACUGAAAGUACAUUAUUUCGUAUUUUUCUAACAUAAUGUGUAUAUAAUCAAAAAUUUGGUCAACUUUAAAAGUGGAAAUCAAUUUAAUAUUUAAUUGGAAGAAGAACAUUUAACAUGUGAUUUAUCUGUUACAAAUAUGAUUUGAAUUUUAACGUUGACAGCUUCUGUCGAUAGAUGGCGGUGUGCGGUAAUGUUAGACCUCACGCCGUACAGUGACACUUCCGCGCUGUUUCUAAAACUGUUAUCACGACGCGUGCAAUGAUACAUAGAAGAUAAUAAAGCAGUUCUGUCUAUUUUAAUUAGCAUAAAGUCUUAUUAAAUUAUUUAAUUGACAGUUUAUAAAUUUUAUUUUACAUAUAGCACCAAGUGCGUAAGUACUAUGUAUGUUAUAAACCGUAUCAACAAGUACAUUUUAGAUGUAAUUGCGAAUGUUUUUUUUUAAUAUUAGCGGCUCUUACCUAAGCUUUUUAUAUUUAUGUAAGUUAUAUGACGGCACUGUGUUUGUCUAAUUACCGUCCAGUGAACUAAAAUUGACUUAAAGUAUCAAGAACACAUUCGACUAUCUACUGUCUAUCAUACCUGAUUCUGAUUUAUAUUAAAAGAAAUGGCAUUCAAUGAAAUAUUUAAAGUUCCUUUUAUCAUGAGAUAAUAAUUAUACAUAUUUGGCCGAUUAUUUAUGCAAUUGGUAACAUAAAGGGAAUGACAAGAACAAGAUUUUUUAAAAUAUACAAUAAAAAUGUCUCUUCUAAUGUUAUGCCAUUAUUCAUUACUAACAUUCGGAUUAUUGGUAGAAAACUGCUUCACAAUUAUUUUGAGCGCUUUACAAAAGCGAACCUGAUCUGUGAUGGUAUGACGUAGUUAGGUACAUAUAUGUAUAGGCUGUGUGGUCUGCUUGUCUGUACUUUUGAGGCAAAACUGACGAAAUUAAAAUCCCGUACAGCUAAAGCGUAUGGUAAUAUUACUCUCAGUAUAUUGUUAGAUAUCGAUAAAGACAUAUUUUAAUGAAAAGCCAGUGAACAGUUACAACGGCAGUUUUUGACAUGUUACAAAUGUGACGAAAUUAAAAAAAGAAUCUUAAUUUUCUGUCUAGUUUAUAUUUAUUGACGUCAGUUUUAUGGGUUAAUUAAUUACAAGUAAAUUAAUGGCGAUGUCGAUUAUAAUAAAUUGUUCCUUUAAAACUGCAAUUCGUUGUUUGAGCUUCUGGUAUUUCGGAAGUGUUUAGUUUUUAAUUGUAACUAAACUAGCUGACCGUACAAACGUCGAAGCGGGCAUUAGAAUUAUUUAUAUUAUAAUAAGCAGAUUAUAAUAUAACUCACGGCGAAUUAUAUUUACCAAUACCUUUUAUGCAUAUUGCAUACAGAGUCCAACACAUGUUACCAUUUUUGCAGUAUUUUAAUGAACUCAAAUGCUUUAAUGCUUACAGUAUUAAGUUUCGCCAAAUGAAGUGUUGCAGGUAAUAUAAAAGGAAUCUACAAUUGUUUGCCUCCAAAGUAACGACUCCAAUACCUAUGAUAUUAAUAUAGUUAUAUUGCCUAAUCGUAGCAACUAUAUAUUUUACACUCGUAAUAACGAUAUACCAGGUCGUUUAAAUAUUACUUUUAUAGAUUCAAGUUAUUUAAUUAUUUUACAAAUAUGUUAUUAUAAAUGAAUAUUUAUAUAUUUUUGAACACAUAGAGGAUAAAGUUAUUGCAAAUAACAAAGAUUAUAUAAAAUAGUAAUUCAAAUCUGUGGUUAAAUUCGAAUGACGUGCCAUUAGCUAAGUAAUUUUAGAACAGGGUUCGUUAACAAUGUCGAUUGACACUUGUUAUGUAACCAACAAACAAACUAAUCCGACUUUGAGAUCAGCUUUUUUAUUUCAUAUAGGUACCUAAAUAUGUGACAAUAACAGGUGUUCGGGUGCCGAGUGUUUUAAAACUGAAAACUAUUUAAACGAUCAGAUCGCCCAUUUGUUUCAUCCGCUUCAUUACCUUACGUUUUUUAAUAUUUAAUCGAUACAUUAUAGAUUUUAAAUAGAUAAUGCUUAUUAUUAAACAACUAUUUACUUUUAAGCUAGGUUGUAACAUACAGCGUCAUGUUGUACUGUAGCGUUUUGUAAGUAAUAUCUAUAUUUAUGAAUUAAUACGAUAAGUAUACAAUUAGGCAUCACGAGAGUAUUUUCUUGAUUCACGAUGUACAUUUUGAGUUCAAUUCUUUAGUAACGUAAAGUGUGCGCCGGCCGUUCAACUUGCGGCUUGAUGGCCGUGAUUUGUACGUAAGUGCGGUGUGGGUUGGUUCGAUGCACGUUUGACUCGCUACUUACGCUGUUAUAUGAGUUACAGAUGCCUACAGAUUUGCCGGCAUUUGAUCGCACGUGUUAAUUAACCAACAAAAAAUUGUAGGCGACCUAUUAUCGAUAUCAUAUUUUUGUCGCCAAUCACUAUGGACUGUUUUUAUCGAUCAAUUUAAAAGAAUACACCGUCUUGGAUUUGUGGUGGUCGAAAGUCUUCACUCGCGCUGACAAAUUGACCGUUUAAACAUCGAUUUAAUGAGAAUUUUUAAUAUUUAGUAGAGCAAUAUAAAUAAAUGGUCGAUGUAACUUGAGUCGAUUUUCAAGUAGUGAUAAUUUAUCGACAAAACAUCAUAGAUUGAGACGCACAUCCCAUAAUAAAAAAACGAUGUGUGUUUAAUAUACCACAGUUUAAUAUGACACGUGUGUAAUAAAAUUUAUAAUUACAAUUUGGUAAAAAUGCUCUGAAAUUGUGAUAGCUUACACAGAUUUCGGUUGAUCAAUAAAAUGCACCUCAAUCAAAAAUCGCGCCAGUCUGUACGCAGCUUGAUACUAAAGUCUCUGUUUUUCGCCGAGAAUCGUUCGUCGAUGACUGAUCUGACCCGCCGGUGCGCACGCGACCGCAACUACGACUCACUCACACAAUCUCAUUCAUUCAUCACAUCUCCAUUUCAAUGACCCAAUGUUAAGUAUACGUGUGGAAUCGUUCGCGUCAUACACAUUCCAGUAUGUACACUAAUUGUAUACAUUGUUGACGCGUGUUUUAAGACGCGUUUCAGUUUUGUAUGUUAACCACUUUGUUGUUCAUUAUCGAUAAGGUAUAGUUUUAAUCUCAGUCGAUGUUAUUUUAGUUCUGUGUAUAGUAUUUUCAAUUUAAGUUGAUAACGUCGUGAAUUUGAGCGAAUCGACAGUCUGGCGAGACGCUGUAAGAGUUAAGUACCUUAGUGAUUUAUUCUGUUACACCUAACUUUAUUUCGCGAAUCGUGUUAGCUAUACGAAUGUAAAUAUAUCAUGAUUAGAUAUGGCGAGGAUAUAAAAAAUUGUUGUUAAAUUUAAAUGGGGCUGGCAGAAAUAUUUUAUCGUGUUUGUAUGACGUAGUGACAGUUGCGUAGGGUAUGUUUUUAUUAUUGUUCAAAUAUCGUUAUGUCUGUCACACACAGGCGGCCUCGACGCACGUAUUGUAGCGAUUGAUCCACGCUUUAGUGGAACACGAUCCUCGCAACACGGUCUAAUGGCCGCAUUUUAAAUAUAAAUUCUAUUAAAUAAGUCCAUCUACUCGGCGAUACCUACAAGCUUUCUUAAUCUAUUGAACUAAUCGACAUGGCUUGUGGUAAACUAAGCUGUAGAUUAGUUACACGUUGUUUGUAUAAAUCACAGAGUGGAAGCAAUAGUGUUGCCACAGUUGAAAAUUACCUCACACUGCGUCAACUAAUAGUUAUUGUUAUCGCUUAAAAAAAAAAACUUAAUUGCAUUGUUCAUUUAUCAUUAAAGGUGUUCAAAAACCCCCUAGAGAUCAAUGUUUGUCCACUUUGUAAGUGGUGUAAAUAUCAAUGUCGGCCGUGCAUUCAUUCAGUGUAUUUAUUUUAAUGGUGUUUAAUUAUUAAAUAUUGUGAGACGCACCCGCGGCGACAAUACAUGCCGUCGCCCGUUAUUGUAGAAAUAAAUAAUAUUUUCGUUUAAA